CUUUUACUUUCGUGUUACAACUUCCGGUCUGACUUCCUCGCUGUACACUGUACACAGCACAGUCUGUCUUCAGCUGUUGUAAACUGUUUCUUUCGGCUAGAUAAGAUAAGAUGUUCUAUCUUAUUGGAAUAGGACUAGGUGAUGCUAAAGAUAUCACCGUUAAAGGCUUGGAAGUUGUUAAAAGUUCCAAACGGGUAUACCUUGAAGCGUACACUUCAAUCCUAACCGUCGGCAAAGAAGCCUUGGAGUCAUUCUAUGGCAGAGAAGUAAUACUGGCAGACCGGGAUAUGGUGGAGCAGGCCUCCGAUGAGCUCAUGGAAGGGGCUGAUACUGAGGACAUAUCGUUCCUUGUUGUUGGAGACCCUUUAGGAGCAACUACCCACACAGACCUGAUCCUUCGUGCUGUAGAGAAGAAUAUCCCAUACUUUGUCAUCCACAAUGCUUCCAUCAUGAAUGCUAUUGGAUGUUGUGGACUGCAACUGUACAACUAUGGUGAGACAGUUUCCAUUGUAUUCUGGACUGAAGAUUGGCAGCCAGAGAGUUUUUACGAUAAAAUCCUUGUCAACAGAGAGAGAGGCAUGCACACUUUGUGUUUGCUCGAUAUCAAGAUGAAAGAACAGACAAUCGAGAACUUGAUGAAAGGACGCCCCAUUUACGAGCCACCUCGGUUUCUGAGUGCCAGCCAGGCGGCCCAGCAGUUGCUUGACAUUGUAGAGAGAAGAGACAAGGACCAGAAAACUGAUGCGGAUUUAACCCCUUCCUCUAUCUGCGUGGCUGUAGCCAGAGUUGGUGCGUCUGACCAAAAAAUUUCUACGGCAACCUUGAAGGAGAUGGCAGCGCUGGACAUGGGCCCUCCUUUGCACUCAAUGGUCAUCCCAGGCCACAUGCAUCCACUGGAGAAGCAAAUGCUGCGACUUUUUGCUGCCAGUGAUCAAGUCAAAAAUGAUCUCGCCUCAGAGGAUGAGAGAUAACAUUAGCGACUGUGUAAUGUUUAAAUGAACUGACCAAUAAAAGCAAAACAGGAAAAAUAUAGUCAA